AUGUCGCUGCAAUGUGUUCUUCCUCCAGCGAACCUGUUGACGGCUGCGAUCCUGUGUCGGGGAAAGUGCGGUCUCACCAGAGGAAUCACCCCUUACAUGGUGGCGAUGGCAAUGACCGAAUUGAUCGUGGUCAUCUUUCACGUACUGCUGAAAGAAAUCUACAUUUACUACAACCCUAACUCCUUCCUCUCGCUCAGCACGGUGUGCCCUUCAUACAUACACAUGCGGACCGCCACCAUGGACUAUUCCGUCUGGUUAACCGUGUCCUUCACCUUUGACCAUUUUGUCAGCAUUUGCUGCCCGAAGCUGAGACGCAUGUAUUGCACGGAUAGGACGGCCGCAGCGGUCAUAGUGGCCAUGUGUGCGCUGAGCUGUUUAAAGUACAUCCCCUUUCAAUUCUUGUACGAGCCACGAUUCCACGUGGACAAUGUGAACUGGGGCUGCCGGCCCAAAGUCGACUACUUCACCUCCAUCUGGUGGGCGGCUUUCGCCUGGAUGUGUAGCGUCUCUCUCUCCUUACUCCCAUUCGGUCUCAUCGUUCUCCUGAACGGGCUGACGGUCCGGUACAUCAUCGCGGCCAGCAGAGUCCGCCGGCGCCUGAAGUCACUGGAAGCCAAGGACAGUGAGGCGGAGAAUCGGAGUAAGUCCAUCGUAUUACUCUUCACCGUGUCCGUCACCUCCAUAUUACUCUGGACGACGGCUACGGUAACUUUGAUCUGCAAUCGGGUCUCAGUCAAUCACGUGAGCGCGGAUCUCACGAACCCCUCCAACAUCGCCAACGAAGUGGGAAUCUUACUCGUUCUGGCCAGUUGUUGCGCGAACACCUUUAUCUACGCAAUGACCCAACGCAAGUUCAGGCAGGAGGUGAAGAAUGGGAUUAAGACUCUAACUCUUUUCAUUAUUAAACCCAUUAAACUGGCGAGACAGUGA